AUGAGUGAUUUCUUGAGCUUCUACAAGGAUCAUUGCAACGAAGUCUUGGAACUAAUUCAAGCGAGACGACUUGAUUAUAUAGAGAGCUGUAUCGUUGUAUUUUAUCGGCAUCGACUUCCCGAGAAGUUUCCAAAUUUGAUUCAUGAGCAGUUGCAAGAGAUAAUCGAACCAAUUUGCCAGUGUGACACUUCACUCUAUGAGACCAUCAAAGUGAGCAUGUUGUCCAUUAUGUCCUGCUCUCCUACGAACAAUGAAUUGCUUGCAGCAGUAGAAGAGUACACACACCAGCUUGAGAACUAUCUGAAGAAGGGGUUGGAAGGAUAUCCUAUUAAGCUAUUCGAAAAAAAAGUGCAGGUGGCCCGCGCCUUUGUGUCUAAAUCAUGGCGACAUAUUAGACUUAUUCGCUUGGCAGAAUCUGUUGCUACCUUGAUAUACCGACCAGAUGUUUUGAAUGCCUUGCGGACGAAUUGGGAAGGCGUUGACAUAGCUUUUGCCAUUGAUCAUGCGUCGCGCUUACCACGCGAAGAGUGCUGUGUUGCGGAUGGUAAGAAAAUCAAGCGUAUAAUGGUCGACAACAUUGGCGAUCUAUUAUGUGGCAGAGUUGAAUUUAUGCUGUGGAUUACUCAGAUGGAAUCCGUAAUUGAGCAUUAUUUGAGUCUGCUCUUACCAUCACUUGCAAAUGAUGUCAGACGUUUUCGAUUCUCUGCAGAACAGUUCAUGAUGAACUGGACGUUCUACACAACUCUGAUACUGGAAGAGUUGACUUUGGCGAACGUAGAGAGCAUUGGUAUGCCAAUAUGA